CUUCAGAGAAUGUACGAUCUGUUUUAGGUUUCUCACGGACUUAUUUUGAAGUGCACUUUACCCAUCUAGGCGCGCACGCGAAAAAAAAAUGCGUCCUGAAGCUGAGGGCGAAAUAAUAUGAAACAGAUGAGAUGUUCGGUGACGGAUAGCGGCGAACACACAUGUGGAGGUUCGGCUCACUCCUGAAGGGGACGUCCUGUCUCCUCCCGUUCAGGGAGCCGCGGUCUUUCAGGCACUUCUCAGUUUUUUUGGUGAGACACAGCCCAGUUUGGUCUGCUUCUGCACAGUCUUCCCCCGCGUGUCUUCGCUCGCCGCACCCUUCUGUGCUCCUCAGUUUUUGCAGGAGCUUCAGAAAGAAUGCCAAGUCCACAUUGGACAUCCCGGUCACGCCUAUCACGGUGACGGACAUCAAGCAGUACCUGCGUUCCAAGGAGAUCCCGUUCCACGAUGGCUACAGCUGUCUGCACGCGCCCAGCUUCUUCCUGGAGCCUACAGAGGCGGCCGGAAGGGAAGGGUUCACGCUUUUCAUCGAUAAGACCACCGGGCAGUUCCUGUGCAAGGAGACGCUCGUGGAGGGAAGCUGGGAAGACCUGCAGGACUGCGUGGAGGUGAUGCGGAAGGAGGGUCGCUCAUGCCUCAGCCCCGACGUGCUGCUGGGAUACCCGGAGAGCCCGGAGGAGCAGGAGGUGAAGGAGAUGGAGCUGCGGGAGGUGCAGAGGAUCUGGUCGGCCUCCGUCUCCUUCUCCGACCUUCCGGAUGAGGAGGCGCAGCUGGUCAGGACCAUGUUCGGAAUCGACAAGGUCACCAACGCCACGCUCAAGCGGUUCGGCGUGAGGUUCUUCAAGCCCACCAAGAGCCUGGUGUUCCCCUGGUUCGGCGGGCGGGACUCCGGCCUGCGGGGGCUCAAGCUCCUGACCGCCAAGUGCGCCGGGGACGGCGCCGUGACCUACGCCGACGCCACCCUGCCGAAGCCGUCGGCCUACCACAACCUGUUCGGCCUGCCGCUGGUGGGCCGCAAGGACUCGGAGGUGGUGCUGACGGGCCGCGAGGUGGACGCCCUGGCGGUCAGCCAGGCCACGGGGCUCCCCAGCCUGACGCUGCCCCGCGGGGUCAGCUGCCUGCCGCCCGUCCUCCUGCCCUACCUGGAGCAGUUCAAGAGGGUGACCCUGUGGCUCGGCGGGGACAUCAACUCCUGGGAGGCCUCCAAGAUCUUCUCCCGCAAGCUGGGGCUGAAGCGCUGCUCCCUGGUGCGGCCGGGGGAGCUGCAGCCCUGCCCCAGCGAGGCCCUGGAGAGGGGGCGGAGCCUCUCCCGAAUCCUCAAGGCCUCCAUACCCGCCGCGCACAAGUCCAUCGUCUCCUUCCGCCAGCUGAGGGACGACGUCUACGGGGAGCUGGCCAACAAGGAGCUGGUGGCCGGGGUCAAGUGGAGCCGCUUCCCCGAGCUCAACAAGAUCCUGAAGGGCCACCGCAAGGGAGAGCUCACGGUCUUCACCGGCCCCACAGGCAGCGGGAAGACCACCUUCAUCAGCGAGUUCGCCCUGGACCUGUGCAUUCAGGGGGUGAACACGCUGUGGGGCAGCUUUGAAAUCAACAACGUGCGGCUGGCCAAGAUCAUGCUGACCCAGUUCUGCAUGCAGCGACUGGAGGACAACCUGGAGCAGUAUGACGCCUGGGCAGACAAGUUUGAGGACCUGCCCCUCUACUUCAUGACCUUCCACGGACAGCAAAGCAUGAAAACUGUGCUGGACACCAUGCACCAUGCUGUCUAUCUGUACGACAUCAGCCAUGUGGUCAUUGAUAACCUUCAGUUCAUGAUGGGCCAGGAGAACCUCUCUGUGGACAAGUUUGCUGUCCAAGACCAAAUCAUCGGGGCUUUCAGGAAGUUCGCCACACACAGCAGCUGUCAUGUGACCCUGAUCAUUCACCCCAGGAAGGAGGAGGACGACAAGGAGCUGCAGACGGCCUCCAUCUUCGGCACGGCCAAGGCCAGCCAAGAGGCGGACAAUGUGCUCAUCCUCCAGGAGAAGAAGCUGGUGACUGUCCCCGGCCGGAGGUCCUUGCAGAUAGCCAAGAACCGCUUUGACGGAGACGUGGGCAUCUUCCCUUUGGAGUUCAACAAGUCCUCCCUCACCUUCUCCGCCCCCCUGAAGGGCAGGAACAAGCUUCGCAAGGUCAAGGGCGACAAGCCCGACGCCACAGAGACGGAGGAGAAGGUGGAGAAAGCAGAGAAGGUGGAGAAGCCCGCCCGGGCCUCAAAGACCCCCAAAAUGGAAAAGGGGCUGGUGAGGGUUGGGUCAAAGGGUGUUCUGGAAGGUUCCGCCAAGGGUUCGGCGGGGGUGGGAGAGAAAAAGCAGCAAACUGCGUUUGAGGAGGUGAUCAAAACGAAGUAAGCUACGCUUUAUGAAGAAGUGCCUUUUUUAACUGGCUGGAGCAGAUAGAACCCAGGGUUUAGGUGUCACCACAGGAGAAGUACUGACUGCAUGUAGAGGUCUGCCACACUGAAAGAGUUCCGUUUAAGAAUAUGUGAUCUAAGAUGCACAACGAAUGGCUGAAACCCAAGCACUUCCAAGUUAUGGUGUAACUUGUAAUGGACUUACAUAAUCAUGUGCAUUUAUAUAAUGUGAAUGAACAGCUUUGUGGGGAUGUGUUUCAAGGUAAAUCUACCAUGAAGAUUUUCCCACUGAAAGGAUUGUACUUAGGUAGUCUUCAACUAAAGAGUGUUUUUUGGUCUAGGAAAUGUGGAAAUGUUAAAAGAUAAUGGGGAAUAGUGGUGAGUGACUACUGAAGAAUGAAAUUCAAAAUAGACUGACAAGUGUUGAACAAUUUUUCUUGAUAACUGUAUUAAUGUACUGUACAAUAUUACUAAUUACAUUAAUUACAAGAACUUUACAAACAGUUCAUCAAUUACUGAUUUAAGACAUGGCAACCUCCUCAAAAGUAUUGAAACGCCUUUGGAAAAUGGUCAAGGAAUGUAGACAUAGUCCAUUAAAAGCAUGUGGUGUUGGAAGCCUGCACCAAGACAGCAAUGAUGAUAAGCUAUUUUCUGUUAGUACUUCAUUCACACUGAAAAUGAUUUUCCCCUCUUGUUACGCCAUUUUAUAAAAUGUUUAUAAAUACCGAUUGGUUUCUGAUGUUUCUUCCUUAAUAAAAUGUAAAAAUGAA